AUGUCGACCGGUGAUCCCGAGGGUCCAGCUGGCGAGUUCAGCGUCCGUAAGGAUGCGGCUGGCGCAGCCGCAAAGCCGCGAUCCGUGCCGUUCAAUCGCAACAAUAACCUGCUCGAGGCGAAGUCCGACUCGGAGCUGUCGCAGGUGCUGGUCGAAGCGAAGAAGACCAAACGGCCAGUUGUUGUGACGUAUGGCGCCAGCUGGUGCCAUGCGUGCAGCAAGAUGCUUCCCACCUUUUUCAACCUGAGCAACGAGUACUCACGGCCCAUCUUUGUGUAUGCUGAUGUGGAUAAAUGCACUCAGAUGGCGGAGGACGUUCGCUACACCCCCACCUUCCGCUUUUUCCGUGAGGGCAGUAAAGUGGACGAGUUCUAUGGUGCAGAAGCCGAGCAGAAGCAACAACAAGAAGCCACGUCAGACGCCAAGAAACCCGCGUUCGAGGACGUGCCGGAAGUAAUCGACGAAGACGUCGGCGAGGUCGAGAAGAUUUUGGGAAGCCGCGUGGCGGAGGACGGCGUGACGCAGUACCUGAUCGAGUGGAAGGAUGACCACCCCGACAGCUGGGAGCCGCGCGAGAACGUCGCGGCGGACCUCGUGGCGCAGUUCGAGGAGCCGUGGUGGACUGCGGUGCGGCGCGGCGACGACGCGAAGAUCGAGGAGCUGCUGGCGGAGGGGCGCGACGUGAACGCCAUCGAUGGGAAUGGGCGGUCAGGGCUGCUGUUCGCCGCGGGGCUUGGGAAUGAGAAGCUGGUUCGCAAACUACUGGAGGAGGGAGCUGACGUGGCGUGGCAGGACAAGGAGGGCUACAGCGCGCUGCAUAUAGCUGCGGGCUACGUGCACUCCACAAUAGUGCGCGCGCUGCUGGACCACGGGGCGGACCCCGAGCAGGAGGACAAGCAGCAGCGCUCGCCCCUCAUUCUCGCGGAGCAGCUGCUUAAGGCCACUCCCGCUAAUAACCCCGGUGCAUUUGCGCGGCGCCUGGCCCUUGACAACGUGGUGAAGAUGCUGGAUGAGGCGGUGUUUGAGGAAUCCGAGGUGGAUCAGAUCCUAGACAAGCGCAUAGCGGAGGACGGCACCGUUGAGUACUUAGUUAAGUGGCAGGAUGACUCGGAGGACAGCUGGGAACCGGUGGAGAACAUUGGGGAAGACUUAGUUAAGGAUUUCGAGGAGGGUUUGGAGUAUGGUGUAGCGGAGAAGAUUCUGGAGAAGCGGGUGGUGGGGGCGUCACAGGGUGGCGGGGAGGGUGUGGUGGAGUACUUAGUUAAGUGGCAGGACUCGGAUGAGAACACGUGGGAGCCGGAGGGGAACGUGGCGGCUGAUGUGAUUGCAGAGUUUGAGGGGGUGAGUGUGGAGGAGGUGGAGGCACGGCUGGGCAAGGAGGGAGAGAAGUAG